CGCAAGGCAACUCGCGGUUUGACUCGAGCGCCCAGCGCGCCGCCCAGCACGCCGCGCCCAGCACGUGACACAAAAAUGCCUGCAACCGGCUUGGAGAUGGGAUCCCGAAUGUACUAUGUACGGAAUUGCGAGCACAAUUAUGCUGUUUUGGUGGCUGUUUGAGGUGCCGCAAAGCCACAUUCAUAGACCUGUCAUGUUUUCCAUUGAUUGCAUUGCAGGCGCAGCAGCGCCGGCAACUCACAGCUGCGUGGAGGAACCUUGGAGGCCCUUCCGUAACUCAUGGGCUCGGCGUCCGCUGGGUGCCAAGUCUUAGAAAACGAUGCCGCUGCGGUUGCGGGUCUUUGGGUCUUCCUCUCCGCUCUUACAAAACUAUGCUGUCGCCGUCGCCAGCUUCGAGCCAUCUGAGGUUCUGGUCAUGAGCGCGACCGUGUCGAUAAUCGUGGCAAAAAACACACGGCUCCCACAGACGAAGCGGAACCAUGGAUCUAGCCUUCCGCGCUCCCGGCUUUCCCAAACGGGCCACUGCCGGCUAUACCCAGGGUGUCCUCAAUCCAUACAUCUACGACCCGUCGAUCCCUCUGGCUAGUGUUGGUGCUGCUGUCAUCAUACUAAUCUCUGUCCUGUCUGUCUAUCAAUACAUCCGGCAUCAAGCAUGGUUCUUCUGGGCGGCCAUCGUCGCCAUCGUGAUGCUGAUGCUCGGGCACAUCUGCCGGCUUGUCUCCUCCCUUGAUGAAUUCCAGGACCUCCCAUUCCUCAUCUCCUGGCUGAUGAUCCUGCUCGCGCCCUCCUUCCUGGCCGCCGCAUGCUACACUGCCUUCUCACGUGUCGUAUGGUUCUCCUGUCCCACCUACGCGCUCAACUUCAAAACCCUCUGGUGCUUCCCGCGCUGGAUCACCCCGACCUUCGUGAUCUUCGACCUGUUCUCCUUCCUCGUCCAGCUCAUCGGCGCCAGCCAGAUCAGCCGGCAGUACGACCACGACUCGUCGCCGUCGCGCUCCAUCGAGGAGUCCGAGCGCAAAGCGCUCCCCGGCCGCGUGAUCCUGAUCCUCGGGCUCGUGCUGCAGAUGCUGUGCUUCCUGUCCUUCAGCAUCAUCAGCGUGCGCUACUUCGUCAUCUCGCGGCACUGGCGCGCCUUCGACCUCGGCGACAUGAAGCUGUGGCGCAAGCUCAGCUACACCAUCAACCUGUCCUCGGUGCUCAUUGCGGCCCGCGCUAUCUACCGCACCAUGGAGAUCCCGCACGACAAGGGCUACGGGCUUAUCUAUCUGCAGAGCCACGAGUGGUGCUUCUGGACGUUCGAUGCGCUGCCCAUUCUCGCCGUGCUGGUGGUUUUUGCUGUCUGGCACCCUGGGCGCUAUUUGCCCAGGAGCUAUACGGGGUUCACGCUCGAUAAGGGAAGGGCGAUGAAGGAGAAGGAUGAGAUUUCGAUUAUGGCGGGACAGCAUGAGGGCGAGCUGCGGGACUUCAAGCCGGAGGACUUUCCGGCUCAGAGACCGCAGGAGCAGGUUUGAGACGCGUGGUGACAAAUUCUAUCCUUGCGGGCGUUGCGAGGAGGGAUCGUAUGUGGCGGAUCGUUCUGAAUUCGAUGGCGUUUAUGGGUCCUGGACGGACGUGUUGAAUACCAUGCAUCUAGCGAAUCGGCG